UUUAAAAGAAGAGAAAGCACCACUGACUUGGGGCUGGAGCUUAACUGCUCCCACAUAUUUCCCUCCGUGAUCCAUCUCUUCUUCUUCUUCUUCUUCUUCUGCUUCUUCCUAAUUAUAAACAAGUUUCAGAAAAACAAGCUCCAAUCAAACAAUAUUAUUUAUAAACAACGGAUUCCCCCCUAUUUAUGUGUAUAUAAACCCGUUUUCAUUUCAUAGACAGCUGUGUUUGCUUCCCUCCGUGCGCGUGAUCCAAUUCCUGAUCUUUUCAUAUAUAAUAAUCCAUCCCCCUGAUUCCGCAACCCUAGAUAGAGAGAGAGAGAGAGAGAGAGAGAGGUAUCCUAGUUGGUAGUGGUGAUGGUGGGUGGAUGGCGGUGGUGAUGGUGGUGGUGGUGGUGGUGGUGUGGCAGCAGGAACAGCUAGCCGGCGAUGAUUUCUAUGUAUUCCUUCCUUAAUUUGGCCCCAUUUCUUUAUCUUACUUUUGUCUGCAAUCUCGUCUCUUUCUCAGCUUUCUUAAUUGCAAGAAAAAAUUGAGUCCAAAGCAAGCAAGCAAACCCAGAGACCAAGUUAGAAACAGCAGCAAAACCCAUAUGCAUGAUGCAAACCCGAGAAGAAAGUUUUGGAAAUUGAGGCAAAUGUCGAUGCCCAGUUCGAGGCAACAAUCCUACCACUCCUACUACUUCUUCCCCAUUUCCAACCACUUUCUCCUCAUCUCCUUCACCGCCGCCACCCUCCUCUCUACCCUUUUCCUCGCCGCCGCCGCCGCCAACCACCAGGAAGCUUCCGCGCUCCUCUCAUGGCUCCACACCUCGCCUUCUUUGUCUUCUUUCCCGGACUGGAACGUUCUCGACCCCAACCCAUGCAACUGGACAUGCAUCACGUGCAAUGUCCAAGGCUUCGUCUCCGAAAUCAACAUCCAUUCCAUUCCCCUUCAGCUUCCAUUGCCGUCCAAUCUCUCUGCUUCGUUUCCACAUCUCCGGAAGCUCGUCAUUUCCGGCGCCAAUCUCACCGGAACCAUCCCCGACGACAUCGGCGGAAGUAGCGAACUGACAGUCAUUGACCUCAGCUCAAACAGCCUCGUUGGCACCAUUCCGCCCAGCAUCGGCGAGCUGAAAAAGGUUGAAGACUUGAUCUUGAAUUCCAACCAGUUAACGGGGAAAAUACCGGCCGAGCUCGGCCAAUGCGGCAGCCUCAAGAAUCUUCUUCUCUUCGACAACCGGCUCGGCGGCGCCAUUCCGCCGGACUUGGGCCAGUUAUCGAGAUUGGAAGUCCUCCGCGCCGGAGGCAACAAUGACAUCGCCGGGAAACUUCCCGACGAUCUCGGAAACUGCGGCAACUUGACGGUUCUUGGCCUGGCGGACACCAAGAUUUCCGGCCCGAUUCCCGCUGAAUUCGGCCGGCUCGGCAAGCUUCAGACUUUGUCCAUUUACACCUCAAUGUUGUCCGGUGAGAUUCCGGCUGAAUUAGGUAACUGUUCGGAGCUGGUGAACUUGUAUUUAUACGAAAAUAGCCUCUCCGGUUCGAUUCCAAGGGAGCUCGGAAAGCUCCGGAAGCUCGAAAAAUUGCUGCUAUGGCAGAACAAUCUUGUUGGGAUCAUUCCCGAUGAGAUUGGCAACUGCACUAGCUUGACAAUGAUUGAUCUUUCUUUGAAUUCAUUAUCUGGGUUGAUUCCUGAAUCUUUUGGUGGGCUUAUAGAGCUUGAAGAGCUUAUGCUUAGUAACAACAAUGUCUCUGGUUCAAUCCCUUGGGUUCUCGCAAAUGCCACAAAUCUAUUGCAGCUUCAACUCGAUACCAACCAGAUCUCGGGCUUGAUCCCGCCUGAAAUCGGGAUGUUGUCAAAUCUUCUAGUGUUCUUCGCCUGGCAAAACCAGCUUGAAGGAAGCAUACCUUCAAGUUUGGCCAGUUGUAGCAGCCUCCAGGCCUUGGAUUUGUCGCACAAUUCGCUCACUGGAAGCAUCCCUCCUGGAUUGUUUCAGCUAAGAAACCUCACGAAGCUUCUGCUGAUUGACAAUGAUAUUUCUGGAACAAUACCAGAAGAGAUUGGAAACUGUAGCUCUCUUGUGAGGCUCAGGAUUGGAAACAACCGUAUUGCGGGUCAGAUUCCGAAAGAAAUUGGGGGCUUAAAGAGCUUAAACUUCCUUGAUUUGUCUGGAAAUCGGCUUUUGGGGGCAGUGCCGGAUGAGAUUGGGAGUUGCACGGAGUUGCAAAUGGUAGACCUGAGCAAUAACACACUAAAAGGUCCCCUGCCUAGUUCGUUGUCAUCACUGUCUGACCUCCAAGUUUUGGAUGUUUCGAGCAACCAAUUCUCGGGUCCAAUUCCUGCAAGUUUUGGCCGUCUUGUUUCAUUGAUCAAGCUGAUCCUGGGCAAGAAUUCGUUCAUUGGAUCGAUACCUCCAUCGAUUGGACGCUGUUCGAGCCUCCAGUUGCUUGAUCUUAGCAGCAAUGGACUCACAGGCAAUAUCCCGGUCGAGCUAUGUAGGAUAGAGGCCCUUGAAAUUGCUCUAAACCUCAGCUGCAAUGGACUUACUGGGCCAAUCCCUACUCAGAUAUCUGCACUCGAGAAGCUUUCGAUACUAGAUCUUUCACACAAUAAGCUUGAGGGGAAUUUGAGUGCCCUAGCUGGGCUGGUUAAUCUUGUAUCGCUCAACAUCUCCAACAACAAUUUCACCGGUUAUCUGCCCGACAACAAGCUCUUCCGCCAGUUACCAAGCAGUGAUUUGGCUGGAAACCAAGGUUUAUGCUCUGUUGGUGGGGAUUCAUGCUUCAUAAGCGAUGUUGCGGGGACAGGAGUGGGAAAAGGUGGAAAUGGCAUUAAGAGAUCGAGGAGGCUUAAGCUAGCACUUGCAUUGCUGAUCACUUUGACAAUUGCAAUGGUGGUUAUGGGAUUAGUUGCAGUGAUUCGAGCACGGAGGACUAUUAGAGGGGACGAUGAGUCGGAGAUGGGAGAGCCAUGGCCCUGGCACUUCACCCCAUUCCAGAAGCUGAAUUUCUCUGUAGAGCAAGUGUUGAGAUGUCUAGUUGAUUCUAAUGUAAUUGGGAAAGGCUGUUCUGGGGUUGUUUAUCGCGCUGACAUGGACAACGGCGAGGUUAUUGCAGUCAAGAAACUUUGGCCACUGACCAUGGCUACAGCCAACGGUUGCAACGAUGAAAAGUGUGCAGUUCGCGAUUCAUUCUCGGCAGAGGUGAAAACUCUUGGUUCGAUUCGCCACAAGAACAUUGUUAGAUUCCUGGGCUGUUGUUGGAAUCGAAACAUGCGACUUCUCAUGUAUGAUUAUAUGCCUAAUGGCAGCUUAGGUAGUCUCCUACAUGAGAGAAAUGGAAGCCCUCUGGAGUGGGAACUGAGAUACCAAAUUCUGCUCGGGGCAGCGCAAGGCCUCGCGUAUCUACACCAUGACUGUGUCCCUCCCAUUGUUCAUAGGGACAUCAAGGCCAACAAUAUCCUCAUUGGUCUUGAAUUCGAGCCUUACAUCGCAGACUUUGGCCUAGCUAAGCUCGUCGAUGAUGCUGAUAUUGCUCGCUCCUCCAACACAGUUGCAGGCUCCUACGGGUAUAUUGCUCCUGAGUAUGGCUACAUGAUGAAGAUCACAGAAAAGAGCGACGUGUAUAGCUACGGCGUAGUUGUAUUGGAGGUGUUGACGGGGAAGCAGCCGAUUGAUCCAACAAUACCGGAUGGCCUCCAUGUGGCUGAUUGGGUGAGGCAGAAGAGGGGGGGAAUAGAAGUUCUUGAUCCAAGCUUACUGUCCCGGCCAGAGCCAGAGAUUGAGGAGAUGAUGCAGGCGCUAGGCAUUGCCCUACUGUGCGUGAAUUCGUGCCCGGAUGAAAGGCCCACGAUGAAAGAUGUGGCGGCGAUGCUGAAAGAAAUCAAACACGAAAGAGAGGAGUAUGCAAAGGUUGACAUGCUCCUGAAGGGCUCCCCAGCCACCGCUGUGGACGCCCAAGAAAGUAAUAAGAGCAGCUCUAACAUUGGGGUUCCAGCAACAUCCUCCUCCUCAUCAGUAGCACAGGCAAUCAUGCAUAAUCUGUACCCAAAGAGCAACAACACAAGCUUCUCUGCCUCCUCAUUGCUCUACUCAUCAUCAUCCUCCAAUGCCAAGGUGGGGGGGUUCAAGUAGUGAUGCAAUAUAGCAGCUAAAAGGGCAUUAAUUUGAAGGAGUUUGCAAUUUUAUUAGUCUAUUCAGUUGGAGAUUUCUUUGUUUUGAGUUUGAUCAUCAUGUAAAGAAGGGGACAGUUGAUAUUUGUUGCCACGGAUGUGGAGAAAUGCAAAUGAAAGCCAGCAUAUACAACUAUGGCUUUUGCACUAUCUGUCUGUCUGUCUUUCUAUCUGCCUGCCAGACACCAAACAAUGUUUCUAAUACGUAAGAAUGUUCAAUAUAUAACUUUGUACUAGUUUUACCUAUCAGCA